UCUCUCUCUCUUAAAAGUCUUCUUCUCUCUUGGUCAAAAGAUAAGGGGAGUAGGGAGAAGAUUUUAGGUGACUUCGAGACGAAAAGCUGCAGCCCUUUCUUUAUAUCUUUGGUGCCAAGUAUAAAAGAAGAGUGCAAACAGAAGUCAGUUUUGCAAUUAAUGUCUGAUUUUGUAUCCUUUUGCUAGAGAUGUGCAUAGUGUGAAGAGAGAGAGAGAGAGAGAGAGAGAGAGAGACGAGGUGGAGGAUGGUCAGGGCCUUCAUAAGGGCUUCAUGGGAGGCAUCAGAGAAGAAGAUCACCACCAUCACCCACCCUCGGAGCUCCCCCUCGGCUUCCGGAGCGCCAUGCCACCACCGAUGAUCGCCUCGUCCUCCAUGAGCAAGGAGUCGACGAGCUACGACAUGGCGGAUUUUGAUCAAACGGCAAUAUUUCUCUACCUAGAUGGUCAUGACCCACAGUCGAUUCAGGAACAACGACAAACUCUCAACAUCUUCCCAUCGCAGCCCAUGCAUGCCGCCGAGGCACUUAACCCUGCUGCAAAGAUUAAUGGCGGCACAGUCAUGGCCGCUAUGCUUGCUAAUGGCGGUAACCCGCAGCAGCCGUCUCCAAAGAGGCCUGUACAGCAGCAGCAGCUGCUGCUGCAAGGUGCCCCGGGCGGCUCCAAUGCAGCACCCUCGUUGCCUAGUUCAGCCAAGGACAACAAGAACAGCGCUAGUCUCGUCAAGAAGGAAGGAACCAGCAGUGGGAAGGGUGCAACAUCAUCUAGCACAGACCCAGAUAGGGAAGGGAGUAGGAGAACACAGGACCCUAAGACACUGAGGAGGCUUGCACAGAAUAGAGAGGCAGCCAGGAAAAGUAGGCUCAGGAAGAAGGCUUACAUACAACAGUUGGAGACAAGUAGGAUUAGGCUAAGCCAGAUCGAACAACAAGUUCAAGCAGGAAGAGUACAGGGUGUCUUGUUGGGUACUGGAGACCAUCACCACCAAGGCCUUCCUUCUGCCCCUUCAUUUGCUAGUAUGUUUGACAUGGAGUAUGGGAGAUGGGUGGAAGAGCACAGCAAGCUGAUCUUCCAGCUCAGGGCAUUGUUGAACGACAAUGCGCCGGACAACCAGGUGCAGGUCCUGGUCGGUGGUGCCAUGGCACAUCACGAAGAGUUGCUAAGCCUCAAGGCCGCAAUUGCGAGGACUGACAUCUUCCACCUCUUAUGCGGUGUGUGGGCUAGCCCUGCAGAGCGUUGCUUCCUUUGGUUGGGUGGGUUUCGACCCACAGAGGUCAUCAAGAUAAUGUUGAAGCAAGUUGAGUCGCUGUCAGAGGGGCAGCUCCUGGGAAUCUACAACCUCCAGCGGUGGGUGCAGGAGACGGAGGAGUCGCUGAACCACACCAUGGGGACCCUCCAGCACUCCCUCUCCGACACCAUCGCCUCCCCGGAGGCCGCCGGCGGCAACUUCAUGGGCCACAUGUCCCUCGCCCUCAACAAGAUCUCCUCCAUGGAAGCCAUCGUCAGGCAGGCAGAUGCGCUGAGGCAGCAGACCCUGCACAAGCUGCAUGGUAUGCUGACUGUCCGGCAGGUCGCGCACUGCUUCGUCGCCAUCGCCGACUACUUCCACCGCCUCCGCGCCGUCAGCAGCCUCUGGGCUUCCAGGCCACGGCACGACGAGCAGGGCCCGCCGGCGCCGUAGAAGAAGUGGGGGAAGCAACAGCAGCGGUUGAGCGAGAUUUAGCUUAAUUAAUUAAGGUCCAGCAUAUGCAUGCAUGCACACCGGGAGAGAGGGGUGUGCGUGCAUGCACGUGUCGGAGUUCAGCUCUCGGUCGAUCUUCACAUGUGGAACUUGCAACUUAAUUUUGUAAGGUGUACAUACAGUGUUAGCUGCUAGCUAGAGAAGAAUGCUAGGGUAUUAGCGGAGACUUAAUUCCAGCCAUUUUUCUUCCUAGCUAACUUAUUUUCGGCAAAAAUUCGAUAAUUUAAGUUCAUGUAGGGCAAAGUUGAGUUGGA